CCGGUCCAAAUACGCCUUGCCAAGAAAAAGACCCCGGGAACCAUCGAGCUACAAAACACACUAGAACCCUACAAUUCAUUGACAAUGAAUCUACACUAUACUACUCAAUUCCCAAAAUAGCCUUGUGUAAGAUGCUGCAUAGAAGUUUAUCAUGGGCCAAGACGAUCAGUAAUCUUGUAAACCAAGGGCAAAAUUGUCAAGCAGUAGCUCUGUUUCGCCGAGUGCUGGAAAAUGGGUUUGAAGUAACAGGGUUUCUUCUCUCAGCAACUUUGCGAGCUUGUGGAAGAGUUGCUGCAAUAAAAGAAGGCAAGCAGCUUCAUGGCAUGGCGAUCAAACAUGGGUUCAAUCGGGAGACGAUUCUAAUGACGUCUCUUCUUGACUUGUACUGUAAAUGCAAUGAGAUCAAAGACGCCCGCGAUAUGUUUGACGAAAUGCCUAAGAGAGAUGUGAUUGCUACUAAUUGCAUGAUUUCUGGGUUGUGUUGGUCUCACUUAACAAUGGAAGCGAUUGAAUUGUUUAAUAACAUGUUGGAAAGAGACGUUGGGUCUUGGAAUUCGCUGAUUUCGGGUCUUGGGCAUAACUCGGAAGGAAGGACCGGGUUGGCUUUCUUUGAGAAAAUGAGAUUGGAGGGAGCUGAUGUUGAUGUUAUGACCGUGGUAAGUGUUCUUUCAAUUUGUUCUGAUCUUGCAGCGUUGCGUAACGGUAGACAAGUACAUUGUUUAGUGAUGAAGUAUGGAUUCGAGUUGUAUUUGUCGGUUGGGAAUGCUGUUAUUGACAUGUAUGCUAAAUGUGGGUGCAUGGAAGAUGCUUUUGUAUGUUUCAGGAACAUGCCUUUGAAGAAUGUAGUUUCAUGGACUGCUUUGAUUGUGGGUUUUGGGAAACAAGGCCUGGGAAUAGAAGCUUUGAAGGCGUUUGAUGCAAUGGAAAUAGAAGGUGUUCGACCAAACAGAAUCACAUUCUUGGGUGCCUUGUAUGCGUGUAGUCAUGCAGGUUUAGUACAAGAAGCAUGGAGGAUUUUCAACAUGAUGGUGAAUAAGUAUUCAAUAACACCAAUGAUGGCGCACUAUACAUGCAUGGUGGAUCUCCUAGCACGAUCAGGGUGUUUCAACGAGGCCUAUAGCUUCAUCGAGAGGAUGCCUAUAAAGCCAGACCCAAAGCUUCUCACAGCAUUUCUGAGCUCAUGUUGCUCUCACAAGAAUUUAGAGCUAGGAAAGACUGUUGGGCAGAAAUUGCUUGAAUCACAACCUGAAGAAGCAGGAGCCUAUAUGUUGCUAUCCAACUUCUAUGGGCUUGUCGGAGACUUGCAAGGUGUGGCAAAAGUGAGAAGACUGAUGCUAGAUAGAGGAAUAAGGAAAGAAAAGGCAAGCACUUGGAUUGAGAUUAACAAAACAGUUCACAGUUUUCAAUCAGGAGACAGAUCCCAUCCCCUAAGUAAAGACAUCUACAACUACUUGCAACAUCUUUUUCGGAAGUUGAAAAUUAACGGGUACGUUCCAAACACAAGCAUGGUAAUGCAAAAUGUGGAUGAACAGACAAAGGAGGAGAUAGUUCUCAGUCAUAGCGAGAAACUGGCAAUUGGACUAGGCCUAAUCAGCACACCUCCAGGUACCCGUAUCGUUAUAGUUAAGAACCUGAGAGUGUGCGCAGACUGUCAUGUGGUAACUGGCUUAAUUUCAAAGACUGAAGGGAGGGAGAUUGUUGCAAGGGAUUCGAGUCGAUUCCAUCAUUUCAAAGAUGGACUAUGUUCUUGUGGAAAUCAUUGGUGAGAGAUUUUAACUUAAAGGCUACCUCUUAU